AUGCCUCAUAGCAACCGCGUCUUCCCCCCUCCCCGGGGUCCGCUGCAGCGGGAGAUGAACCGGUUGUUUAACUACCGGCACUUUGUCAGUGGCUAUAAUCGAAAGGCCUUGAUUGCGCUGAACCGCUUGAUGAUGUUUCGCAACAGAAAGAACUCCCAGAAGCCCGAUGACGAACUCAUCACGAGAUUCCAGAAGACUUUCCAGGACGUUGUUCCUCCAGUCACCAGCCGCAAUGCCGCGCGUUUCGGUCAGGUCCCCGUUGGACCGAUUACUCCCGCUAGAUUGAGUAUGGACGGUGAUCUGAAGCCCAACGAUAUCACACCGCGAGCUACACACGACAUGCGCUUCGCACAAUCAUAUGUCGACCCUAAUGCAGUAUCAUAUAUCAACCCGAUGAACCCCCAUGGGUACUAUACGCCGAACUCUGGGGGAUUGGGAGCUGUGUAUCACAGCCAGGCGGGAGACUUGCAUACCCCUGGCAUGGGUUUAAGCAUGAUUACCCCCCUGUCACUUCCCCAGCAGCUGUCUGCAACCACCAUCAACGCCGAUCCUUCAACCAUGGGUCUCGAACACUUCAACCCGCAUUUUCUCCCAUCCCACUUUCAUAAUCCACAACCAUUUGCUCAACCGGCGACCUUUGCACCUGGUGCAUUUGUUCCAACCGAUACAGGUUAUGAUGCCAUGGACGAAUCUGUUGACGGGAUGUCUCUAAACGAUGUGGAUAUGCAUGGUAAUGCUACCACGCAAUUCGUCCCGUCGGUGAUUCAAGACGACCAGCUCAGCAUCCACAACUCCGGCGAGAGUUUCCGCUAUCAUGUCACUUUGCGUGCUCCAACGGCUAUGAUCAACCACCAAGCCGAGAUACCCGUCACAUAUCUUAACAAGGGCCAAGCAUACUCAAUCUCUGUUGUCGAUUCGACGCCGCCACCGAUGACCGGGCAACCGUUGAAAUAUCGGACCUACAUCCGUGUGUCAUUCCAAGAAGAAGAGCAACGAGCUAAGCCAGGAGCUUGCUGGCAACUGUGGAAGGAAGGACGAGGUUCCAAUGAGGCGCAUCAACGCGGUGGCAAGCUGCAGGCGGUUGAGUACGUUGAUCCGACUCAAGGAGGCGUGGAAGACCCGAAGAACCGUCAGAUUCAGAUCGAAAGUGCAUCGUUCGACGGGUUCUGCGUGACUUGGACUGCGAAUCCGACGACCGGAAUCUCGGACUGCGCCAUUUCCGUCCGCUUCAACUUCCUGUCGACAGAUUUCAGUCAUUCCAAAGGCGUGAAGGGUAUUCCGGUCAGAUUGUGCGCGAAAACCGAGAUGCUUUCGCCGGAUGAAGUAGCGGCCGGCUCAGCCAAGGAGCCAGAAGUAUGCUAUUGCAAAGUGAAACUCUUCCGCGACCAUGGAGCCGAGCGAAAGUUGUCCAAUGACGUCGCCCAUGUCAAGAAAACGAUCGACAAGCUUCGACAGCAGAUUACCCAGGCCGAGUUAGGAGCUGGAAACUAUGGCAAGCGGAAGCGUAGCAGCGGCUCAGUCGCGCUCAAGGGCGGCGACCCCCGUCCUGCCAAAAUCACAAAACACAAACGGACAUGGUCCAUGAGCUCACAGGAUGGACCCGGCAAGAUGUCAUUGGAAGAUGAUUUGCAUGCGAAACUCGCACUUAUGCAGGACAUGUUCACUUCGACCCGGCCAGUGAGCAUUUUAGGACUGCGGGGAGAGGAAGAGGAUGAUCCGGAUCUAUUCCCGGUUGCUUUGCCGGAGUCGCGCGAAUUCAUCAAGAGAGAGAACAGCCGCAGCUCUCGGUUCAGUGUCGAUGGAGCGUCUCUGCAUGCCGUAUCGCCCACCAGCAGCAGCGUCUCACUAAACUCACCCUGCCACCCGCCGAACUCGCAGUCCAACCUCUACUACGACUCAGGAUAUCAUGGCUCCAUUAACAACUCCCGCGAAAAUUCGCGCCCUUGCUCAGAAGCCAUGGGUGACAAGGUCCUGUUGAAGCAUCCGGUCAAAGUUCAGAAGGUCGCCGGUAAUGAUAACCACGUUCCUGUGGGGUAUAUUGAAGCAGUCGACAUCGAUCCAACCUACAGGCCCCCAACCGAGCGGCCCGUGAAACCAAUCGCAUGCUUUUACGUCCGAUUUCCGCGGAAUGAUCAGCCUCAGGAUGAUUACUACCGGGCUGUCUACCUGACGGAACGCACUGUGCGAGACCUCAUGGAGAAGAUAUCGAUGAAACAGCGGAUCGAUCCACGGCGGAUCGUGCGGGUGCUCCAUGUCAAGCAAAAUGGUCUUAAGAUCAUGGUCGACGACGAUGUCGUCCGUGAACUGCCCGAUGGCCAGGACAUGGUUGUCGAGAUCUCCGAGACGUCCACCUUCGAGAGUGCGGCCGCAGCAGGCGCCGAAAGCGCUAAGAGCGUUGAAGUCAAGUUGAGCUAUUAA